AUGAAUCGUCCUCCACAUCACCACCAAUACUCUCAUCACCGCCCUCCCUCCGAUGAAGAUGACGACUCCGAAGACGAAUUGCGGCGUCCCGGCUCCUCCGGCAGUGAUGCCUCGUCCAAUGUAACCACCGUCUCCGCCACUCCCAUCACUCCCAUAGAUCGUCAACCGGCCGCCGGCUACUUCUCCCCAAACCCGCGAACGAGCUCAGCCACUUCAUCGCCUCAACGCACCACACGCCCAAUGCCAGACGCCUCACGUCGGCCGUCUGGCCGGGGCCCCUCCUUGGAAAUGCAGCGACAUCGUUCAAGACAUCAUUCUCAGGGCUUCUUUGAACCUUCCCUCCCAACUGCCUCCUCCGAGCAGAUCCCGCAAGUCUCGGCGUCUCGGAUCGCUGCCCAGGCAGCCAUGCAACAACAGAUGUUACAGCAGCAGCAGCAGCAGUUACAAAUAUCACAACAGCAAUCAAGGCGCCAACAACAUCCGGUCUCCCCAAUGGAAGACAGUGGCUCACGACGGAGUGUUAGUGCCUCUCCGCCGCUUAUCCCUCCUCCACUGCGAAUCAACCAGCCCUCGCCGUCUCUUCCGCCGCCGACAGCAGGCAACGUCGCAACAGCCGCCGCCAACGUCGUCUUCCCUCGCGCGGGCUCCCAACCCCCCGAACCCCAACCUGAGAAACAGAAGAAAAAGAAGCUCUUCUCCAAACCAAAACAUAUUGGCAUCAGCAGAGAUAAAGAUGUCUUUAAGGAUCGCGGUCUGCCUUCACCGAGCAAGCUGCCCAGCUUGUCGCGCAUGGUCAGCUCCUCCAACACCAGUAUGGCCGAUCUCCCUUCCAACAACUCCUCCAUGUACAAUCUCUCCAAUGCUUCAGUCAGCACGGUUGUCCCUGCCGAUCGCCCGCCCGCCCCGCCAGAGAAGGAUAAGGACAGGGAAAAGGAAAAGGACAAGCAUAAGCACCAUUUCUUGUCGCGGCAGAAGCUCAAGUUGAAGGAACGUGGUGAUGAUCACUUUAACCUGCCUCUCUCUUCUGCAUCGAGUAAUUCUAGACCGACCGACCCCAAUGCUCCCCAAUCACUCUACUCGUUUACCAACCCGGCCUCGCCGGCGCUGGGGGCCACAUUUGGCAAGUCAGUCAGCGGCUUAGAUUUGCUGCACGGUGGCCGAGCGAAAAAGAAGGAGAAGGAAGCUAUCUUCGAAAACGAACAGAUGGAAUGGCUGGCCAAUUCCAAUAGUGCGACGGGGCCCGUCGCAGGUCCUUCUUCCCUCAAUAGCACCACCGGGCCCCUUGGGGAAGCCAUGCUGCGCGAGACACUGCAGGGCUUUGGCCUGAACAACAUGUCCCCCGAAGACGCAUGGGAGUUUCUCAAGGCAAAACUCAUGGUCAUCUUUGAUGGCGAGGAUGUGCGCAUCGCCAUUGAAGACCUCAACAAGCUGGUCAUCGUGCACCUGCAACGCUGCGUGCACAAACGCACACCCACAAUCAUCAUCGCCGACCUCCAAGAUCUUCUCGAAACCGGCUUCGCCAAUCUCAAUGCCAGCUCGCUCAUUGGCAUUCCCGACGAAAAGGUCGUUCCGCACCUCGUGCAAAUCUGGCUCCUCUUCUUCGGCACCAUCCUCCCAUUCAUCCAGGCCGCUUUCCUCCCCUGGACCAUGAAUUCAAGGGCAUCGGCUCCCUCAUGCGGGAGUCUUGAUGUACGCAAUCUCGUCCUCAUCGCCUUCCGCGAUCGCAUCAUUCUCAACCGCUACGAUGCUCUCAAAGCUACAUUCUCCCGCCUCAGUCUCGACAGUAUCAAUGCGGGCUUUCCAACACUCAGUGUCACGGCCAAGACGACUGGUACCGGACAUGGUGGCCGGCCCGGAACUGCCGCUUCCCUAGACGCAGGAUUUGGAAGUUACAAUUCUCAAUCUUCGACGCUGCUCAGCACCGUCGCGGAUAGUUAUUCUUCCGACUCAGUGAGUGCACUGGCGGCGGCGAAUCUCCCCCGUCCAUCAAGCAGUGAUUCCCGCAGUCGCGCUGCUUCAAAUACAUCGUCCAACCCGGACCCGGGUGCUUUCUCGGCUAUUUCCCCGCCUUCGGUCAGGCCUACGGUUAUACAUCGCGCUAACUCGGCGGAUUCUUCACACGUCAUUACGGAGACUGUUGGUCGGAUGCUCCAAUGUGUUAGUGUGCUGGCCAGUGUCCAGACCGACGACGCGGCGCAGGAGAAGAUCGAAAUCCUCGGCAAAACUCUCAAGCAUAACUGGCUUGGUCGUGGACGGACAGGGAGGGAUCGACGAGGUUUUGUCGGGGCCAAGAUUCGGCCUGUUAUGGUUGGGGUUGGAGCUGGGACGCCGGUGCUGGAUGAUAAUGAGUCCCUUACGACGGCGGGGAUUAGUGUUGGUGCUAGUACUAGUACGACGAGUGUGAGUGGUUCCAGGGCGAGGGGGGGAUUCGUCUUCUUCGGAUUGGAGUCAAGGGCUUGGGGGGAGUAUGAGGAGUGCUGGGAGGAGGGAGUUGAGUGUUCUUUAGGGUAG